CCCUUCCCUCCCUCCCUGCCCCCCACUUUCCGCCCCUUCCUCCUCUGUUCGCCUUUUCAACCCGCCUCCGCUUCAUCUUCCUUCUUGGGGGAGGGGGACGCCUCUGCCUUUCGGGGGACGCAGCAGGCGCGGCGGGCGCCCCUCGCCCCGCGUCGCGCACGCACCUCUGCACCCCAACAGCCCCGGGCCCGCUGCACCCCCGCAGCCCCUUCCCGCCUUGGAGAAGGCGCCCCUGGGGGCCCCUGGCCCGCUGCACCCCCUUUUCCUUCCUCCCCCGCCCCCCCAGGCCCCAACUGCCCCCUGGCAGCUCCCCAGCUCGCGCGCGGCCCUACCCGACUCGGCGGCGUCUGCAUCCCGGCCUUGCAUCCGCUCCGCAUCCCCUUUCCUCCUGAAUCGUCGCCCCUUCGAGGACCCAGCCUGGUUUCUUUUUAGGAUCUUCCAGCAAAGACGCAUCCCUCCGAUCGUCCUGGAUGGUGCCCCUUCCCGUCUUUUUAGACCCUUCCUCUAGCAAGAAAAUUCACUUUUCUUUCUCGCAUCUGUCCUCCCUUCGAGAUCCCUUUCCAGCAAACAUCCUUUCUUCCCUCCCAGCGUCCCCCUUUUUGGAAGAUCUUUGUCCUUAUCCCGAACCAACUCGGUCCUCCCAGUUUCUCUCUCGUCUGAUAACUUAUUUUUUUGGACUCUCUUCGCCAGCUUUCCAAUAAGAAUCGCUUUUCAUCACUAGUUCCGCCUCCCUGCAAAACCCUCUAGGUUUCUUCCCAGGGGGUCGAGAAAAAUAAGGAAAGAAAGAAAAAAGAACUUUCCCGUAACAGCAAAACCCUUUUUUUUUUCCCCGCCUGGAUCUCCCCGGGCAGAAGAAGUUGGAUGAGUGUCCUGAAUGUCCCACCCAGCGUACCAGGAGGGAAGAUCCCGUGGUCUGACCGUCAGCUGAACCCCCCUCCCUGUGGGGCCUCAACGGGCGGCCUGGUCCCUGGAGAUUCGCUCACUUGCUCUUCUGCAGGAGUUAGACGCCACCCAGGGCUCUCUCCUCCCUGACACCCUACACGGCCUUGCUCAUCUGGAGAGUGCCUCUUGGCCAAGACCUGGCGCCGGAGAGCCAUGGACCAGUACACCCUUGGGGACGAGGGUGCCCUUCCCUCGGAGACGCACCUCCCUUCGUUCUCCAAGAGCCAGGGGCUCAACUGCAGUGACACCCUCAACCGGGACCUGGGGCCCAGCCCACGAGACCUGCUCUAUGCUGACCUGAGUAGCUCCGACCUGGACCCCAGCCUCCCAACGCCCGAUGUGCCCGGCGAGGCCCUGGAGGACAACUUGGACACCCUGUCCCUGUACUCAGGGAGGGACGGCGAUUCCGUGAAGCUGCUGGAGGAGUUUGCAGAUCCGGAGUCCCAGACUUCCUUACAAGACCUGGGGCUCAGCGCGCUUAAGAUGCCCAAAGACGCUGACAACGGAGGCAGGGCUACCUCAGGGAGCGCCCGGAAGGGACGGCGGCCGCACAGCUCCCCGCAGAACCCGCUCCUGGACUGCAGCCUGUGCGGGAAGGUGUUCAGCAGCGCCAGCUCGCUCAGCAAGCACUACCUGACGCACAGCCAGGAGAGGAAGCACGUGUGCAAGAUCUGUAGCAAGGCCUUCAAGCGUCAGGACCACCUCACGGGGCACAUGCUCACCCACCAGAAGACCAAGCCGUUCGUGUGCAUCGAGCAGGGCUGCAGCAAGAGCUACUGCGACUACCGCUCGCUGCGCCGGCACUACGAGGUCCAGCACGGCCUGUGCAUCCUGAAGGAAGCGCCCCCGGAAGAGGAGGCCUGCGGGGACUCGCCCCACGCCCACGAGGUGGCCGGCCCCACUGCACCGGGCGGCCUGCGCUCCCUGGGGCCCCCGGAAGCCAGGUCCCCAGGCUCCCUCUUGCCCAACAGAGACCUCCUGCGCUGUAUUGUGAGCAGCAUCGUCCAUCAGAAGAUCGCUUCUCCUGGCCCAGCCCUGGCGGGGCCUUCGGACAGCGGCGAAGGGAGGAGCGUGGCCUACCCCUGCCCGCCCUCAUCGGGCUCCUCCUGCACCACAGCGGCCUCGGGAAUCCUGGGCCCUGAGGUUCCCGAGGAGCCUUGCCCCCCACGGAAGGAGCCCACUGCUGCCGACGUGUUCACCACCAUCCACUCGAGGGCGGCGGAGAAUGGCGGCGCUGACCCAGCCGAGUCGGAGCCGUCGCUGCUCCAGCUCCCGUCCUCCCUGGAGGGCUGGCCGGAGGGCGGCCCCCUGCCUGCCUGCCUGCCUGUUUUCCGAGGCCAGACGGCGUCUGCCAGUUCCCAGCCAUCGAGCCACAACUUCAAGUGGCUCCGGAACCGGCCCGGCUGCCCCAGGAGCAAAGGGAACAACAUGUUCACUGUCCACAAGCUGCCUGCGCUGCCGUCCCAGGAGGGCUCCGAGUCCUUCCCUGUGGGGGAGCCCUCGCCUGGCCCGGGCACCAGCCUGGAGGACACGCUGCCCUUCCCUCCCUCGCUCCUGAAGGCGCCUGCAGAGGCGUCGGGCGACCCCAGGUAUGCCAGUGGGGAAGACGACCCCUGGGCUUCCAAGAAGAGCAAGUUUGACUGCGACUCCUUCGCGUGGCCGAGCCCUGGGGAGCCCGGCCUCCAGGGUGUCCAGAAGCCGAGUGGGCUGCCGUCGUCGGAUGCCACACCGCUCUUCCGGCAGCUGUUCCUGAAGUCGCAGGAGUCUGUGGUGAGCCACGAGCAGAGGCAGGUGUUCCAGAUGCUCACCAAGUCCCAGCGCAUCUUCUCCCAUGCCCAGGUGGCCGCAGCCUCCUCCCAGCUCCCCGUGCCCGAGGGCAAGCAGGCCGCCCUGAAGCCACUGCAGGGGCCGUGGCUGCAGCAGCCCCCGGCCCUGGCACCCGCUGUUGACUCUCUCCACCCUGGCCCUGGGAACCCGGAGCCAGAGGGAUCCCCAGCCCGCAGGAGGAAAACCGUGCCCGCCUUCCCUAGAGAGGCCUCCCCAGCCAAUGUGAGGCGGGACUCAAAGGGAGGGCCCAAAGUGGCCGCUGCUGCACAGUCCCUCACAGCGUCAUCUCUGGACCCUCCCGGGAAUCCAGACAUCUCUCUGGCCAAGCAGUUGAGAUCUUCGAAAGGAACCUUGGACCUGGGGGACGUCUUCUCCCCCGGGGGCCCACGGCAGACCCAGUUAGGUGGGGACGAGCUGCCCGGAGCCCAGCUCCCCGGGAAGCAGGCCCAGGCUGAGAAUGGCACGGCUUUGGGAGCCACGAAGGGCGAAAAGGGCCCGGCCUGCUCCCGGGGCGGAGGCUACAGGCUCUUCUCCAGCAACCCCAGGGCCCAGCGCUUCUCUGGCUUCCGGAAGGAGAAGGUGAAAAUGGAUAUGUGCUGUGCGGCGUCUCCCAGCCAGGUGGCCAUGGCCUCCUUCUCGUCCACCGGGCCUCCGGUGGACCCCCCCCGGGACCCGAAGUCCAAGCUGACGAUAUUCAACAGAAUCCAGGGUGGGAACAUCUACCGGCUCCCCCAUCCGCUGAAGGAGGAGAACACGGCGGGCGGAUGUAACCAGCAAAACGGGGGCCCUGCAGACUGGGCAGAGCCGAGGAGCACUUACGUCUGCAAGAAUUGCAGCCAGAUGUUUUAUACCGAGAGAGGGCUGGGCAGCCACAUGUGUUUUCACAGCGACCAGUGGCCGUCACCUCGAGGGAAGCAGGAGCAGCAGGUGUUUGGCACAGAGUUUUGCAAGCCCCCAAGACAGGUGCUGAGGCCAGAGGGGGACGGGCAGAGUCCCCCGGGAGCCAAGAAGUCUUUGGACAACACAGCCGCAGCCUCUUGGGGGACCCCUGUGUCUGUGCCUGGGGCUCCAGCGAGCCGACCCCUGGGGAGCACGGCCAAGGGACAAGAGAAAGACGGGGACGAGAGAGACAGCAAGGAGAGCAGCCAGCAGAGAAGGCGGAAGAAGCGCCCGCAGCCCAAGGUGCUGUUCCUGCCUCCACCGCCCUCCGCGCCUGGGGAGCCGGGCCCAGGAGGCUGCCACCAGAGCUGCCUGCGCUCGCCCGUGUUCCUGGUGGACCGCCUCCUGAAGGGGCUGUUCCAGUGCUCGGCCUACACGCCGCCCCCCAUGCUCAGCCCCAUUCGCGAGGGCUCGGGGCUGUAUUUCAGCACGCUCUGCGCCGCGUCUGCCCAGGCCAGCCCCGACAAGCUCCUCAGCACCCUGCGCGGUCAAAUGGAUGGUUCUUUUGGCAUCUGUGUGGUGAAGGACGACACUAAGAUCAGCAUUGAACCACACAUCAACAUAGGAAGCCGGUUUCAGGCGGAGAUCCCAGAGCUCCAGGAGAGAUCGCGGGCUGGAAUUGAUGAGCAUGUCGCUUCUCUGGUCUGGAAGCCAUGGGGAGAUGUGAUGACCAACCCAGAAACGCAGGAUAGAGUGACUGAGCUCUGUAACGUGGCCUGCUCCAGUGUGAUGCCCGGCGGGGGCACCAACCUGGAGCUCGCUCUGCACUGUCUGCACGAAGCCCACGGCAACGUUCAGGUUGCCCUGGAGACCCUCUUACUGAGAGGACCGCAGAAGCCGCGGACGCACCCCCUCACCGACUACCGCUACACAGGUUCGGACAUCUGGUCGCCCAUAGAGAAGAGGCUCUUUAAGAAGGCGUUCUGUGCCCACAAGAAGGACUUCUACUUGAUACACAAGACGAUCCAGACGAAGACUGUAGCCCAGUGUGUUGAGUAUUAUUACAUCUGGAAGAAAAUGAUCAAGUUUGACUGCAGCCGAGCUCCCGGGCUGGAAAAGAGAGUCAAGAGAGAUUCGGAUGAGGUGGACAGGACAGAAGCAAAGGUCACUUGCAGCCCUCGGGAGAGACCCAGCCACCGUCCACCCUCUGAGUUAAAGAUAAAGACCAAGAGCUACAAGAGGGAGUCCAUCCUCAACUCCUGCCCAAACACUGGCCCCAAGCGGACCCCAGAGCCACCGGGGAGCGUGGAGGGCCAGGGCGUCUUUCCCUGCCGAGAGUGUGAGAGGGUGUUUGACAAGAUCAAGAGUCGAAACGCCCACAUGAAACGGCACCGGCUUCAGGACCACGUGGAGCCCAUCGUCAGGGUGAAGUGGCCGGUGAAGCCCUUCCAGCUGAGGGAGGAGGAGGAGGAGGAGAUCGGGGCUGACAUCGGGCCCCUGCAGUGGUGACUCUGGCUGGCAGCCGGGCGAGGCAUCCGGUCGCGGAGGGGACCUCCAGCCCUGUCACGUCACAUCUCCCUUCAGCCUCUCCAAGGUGUUUAGGGCACCCCUCUGCCCUCCCCGACCCCAACUCUCCCCCACUGGUCAGCCCAGCUUGCACACAUGGCAGGCAUUUGGUCACAAAUAGGCAGGAGAAGCACACGGUCAUCCGUGAAGUCCGUGUCGGCUGGUGCCGGAGGCUCCAUUCUCUCUAGGUUAAUAGUCUCUCCUCUUUCGAUUCCACUCCUCCCAGGGCAGGGAGGCUCUGGGAGGGACCACGUUAGAUCUGCGGAGCUCUUAAAUCUCAGCUCAGUUUGAGGGUUUUGUUCCAUUUGUUAGAUAAAGCCAAGACAUAGAGAAUCAGUGGGAAAAUACCUUCAGAUCUCCAACCUGUUGGGGCCCCCUCACCUUGGGGGUCUCUCUGCAUUCCAAAUUCAGUCCCUAGUCUUGCAAUGACUUGUACAUUGUUAGGUUUUUUUUGUACGUGUCGACUUGGAAAUCUUAUUAAAUUGGGUUCUUGAGCAGCU